ACUCGACUCAGUUCGACUCUCGCUCUCUGCUGAGAGAGUCGUCAUGUCGAAACUUAAAUUUAAUCUAAAAAACGUCAAGAUUAAACACUUGAUCGUUGUUUGUAAUCUCUGAAAAAAAACUCUUUGGUCUUAUCCUCAAUAAAUGGAGUGUGUGCUAAAAAUGUGACUUAUAUAUUUAUAAAAAAAUAUAUUAUAAAGAAUAAAAUCAUUUCCAUUAAUGGAAACUUUACUCAUUGUUUAUACAAUUUAAAAAUGAAUUAGGUGUUUCCUUUUUUUAGAAAAAACAAUACAUCCUUUUUUGUAUUUCUUUCUUCGGAUUAUGAGUUUCCGUUUCGUCUGACAAAAAACUUGUUUCGUCACUUAUGAACAAGUUUUUGUUUGAAAUAUGAAUGAGAUAUGUGAAACGGAAGUGUGUAGCAAUUGAGAAAGAGAAAUAUUUAUAUAGUGAAGAAAUGAGGUGAGAUCGUGAAGCAGCGCAAAUUAACUCACUGACUUCGAAGGUACUGGAAAUUGGAAGAAAGAAAAGAUUGAAUGGAAGAUGCUUCCAUCAACCUUGAUCUUCGUCGCGGUGUUUUUGGUUCUUCUUUUAACCACCACCGUGUCGACGGCCCCUACAAGUACAGACCAAUGCGAUUGGACAGGAAGUGGUGGAAGUGGAAAAGGCGUUCGCCCAGUGUACCUGCGUUGUUCGAGGGGCACCGUCUUUUGGCGAGAUCCUCAUGGCGCUCUCAGAGUAGUGUUGUCAGGAGGUGAAGGAUUUCAUGGCUUUCGUGCGUGUGUGAAAGUCUUCGGUCCAGCAAGGGUAUAUCUGGAAGGUAAAACUUCUCUGAGACCUGUGUAUUCUCCCAACGAUGGAAAACACAAGUCCUAUCAUCGGUGCUUCCACUCUAACGGUCAAUUGGCAGCUCUUUAUGUGGAGGCUGAUGAACCUUCGCGGGAGUAUAAUAGGAGGAUAGUAGAGCUACAAUACGAUCUUGAAAAACAGGAGGAACAAGAGGAAACAGAAUGUAGACCGUGUUCAAAAGAAGAAUUGGCCAAGACUUAUUGUCAAAGUGAUCUCGUUGCGAGAGGUACUGUCAGUGCUGUUGAGAAGAAAACAGACUUGGAUGAUUUGGUACUCAGAGUCACCAAAAUUCUCAGUCGUCUUGAUGUGAAUGAGGAUAACGAAUUGGAUGUAAAUUAUUCACAUCUUCAGAAAGAAGUUCGAAUCAGAGUUCCAACCAGUUGUGACGCUCGUCAUGGACAGGGAGAAUUUGUGAUAAUGGCUAAGAAGAGAUUAGGGGACUUAACAUUAGCUUGUGCUCCAAGAUUAGAAACUUGGGCAGAAGCAGUGCGUGAAAUGAAAACUGCUCCCUGUGUUCUUCGAACUUAGUGACUACAAGAAUAUUUAUUAUGUGUAAUUUACAAAACUAAUGGUAAUAAUCAUAUUAUUAUUAUUAAUAAUAAUAAUAACAGAACCUAAUAAUAGAAAGUGAAUGUGUUCGUUUUCGAAAUGUUUGAAGAAAAUCAAUCCUGCUGAACUGUCAACAGUCUGCCGAUUGUAAAAAAAAUCAUACAAAUUUAACUUUCUUAAAACAAUUAUUUUCCAAGAAAAUUAAUUUCGCACUUGAAUAUUAGUAAACAUUAUUAUAUAUUUUGCCUGUUACAAUUUAUUUUAAUGUUAUUUUUAUUUCAUGCAUUUUGAUAAUUACAAAAACUAGUGAAUGUUUGCUUGUAAAUAAGAAUAUAUUUUUAUGCUUGUAUAUAACUAAUGUAUUUCUUCGAAGACGAUACCGAUCUCUGAACUGUGAUAUAUUUUAUAAUAAGAGAUUUAAAGAAACGGAUUUAUUAUCGUUUAUAUUUGUAUAAAUUUAUCUAUAAAAAAUAAGUAAUAAAAGUAAGAAUUAAAUAAA